UGCUAGCUGGCAUCAAGUCAACACUGUUUUAGCUUGUACAGAUACAGCAUGUAUUACUAUUGGUGCUAUAGCAAGUGGAAAUAAAACAACGUUUAUGGAAACUAUUUCUCUCUACCGCUACAACGUUACUUUGUGGUGGCAUUUUAUUGAUUCAAAAGAGCUUUAUCAAAUGCACAAAGCAAUUCAAGCGCUAAAUGAUGAUCCAGUCGUUGAUAUGAUCAUGUUAUUUGACUACGAUCUCGUGCUCCUAAGAUUUCCUGACCUGUUGGAUACGAAGAACAAGACCAUCAUCAGAUGGGGAGAGCGGAAUACACCUGCAAUAGAGAUCAUUAACACCAACAUAACUGAUGAGUACCAAUGUGGUGAAGAACAUAUCGUUUCCUCAGUUGAUGACGAACCAUAUUGCAAAAUGGACUUGAAUGUUACCUUCGAUGGCAUGAUUCGAGAUAUAAGGACAAUUACAACUCCAAGGGCCAUGUUGUCCCUUGUACAAACGGUUGGGUGGACGUCUUUGGUCCUCUUGCACGAAAAUAGCACAGAGAUAGAAGCGUCAGAGAUGCUGGACCUACUUUCAGCCGAAAAAAUCCUAUCUGCAAAAUAUAAUAUUGACCUUGGAGGUGAUAUCCAUGACGUUAUAAACAAAACAUAUGAACAAUCUGUUCUUCUAUCGAGGGACAUGAAUGUUCUAGUUAUGUGUUCUUUUGCUUGCACCAGGAAAAUACUACAAGAGGCAAACCAAUUUGACAGCAAAAAUAGUUCAAAGAAAACACUUUUGAAGAAAUUUUCAAAAUGGCUGAUUGUCAUUUACGGUCACACUAAAGGCGAAUCACGUGCGCUUGAGGCAUGCGCAGACGAUCUAGAUAACGUCGCCAUUCUUGCUAUCCCAGCGUUCAGUGGUGUCGGAAAAGAGGUUUUUCUGAGUGAGUUGGACGAUCUCUUGUUAACAGUAUAUCGCCAAGAAGCUUUGGGACAACUUAAAGAUGAUGUGGAAAGCAUCGUUGCAAAACAGCUGGCAAAGAAAGCUGCGCCAUGGGAGCCAAGCAACCGAUGCCUGGGUUACAAUAUCGAUACACUGCUAUGGGCAGCAGAGGGGAGACAAUUUAGGCCUGUUGGACACUUUGACUACAUGGGAACAGUAGAGCUUCAUUCCAAAGUUUUCCCGAACGUUGACCAUGGCUUUAAUGGGAGAGAGUUCCUAGUCUCAACAAUUGAGUAUCCUCCGUUUGUUAUAAAGAGACAGGAUAUAAACGGUACGGUUAUAUAUGAAGGAUUCUGUAUUGACCUUUUGAUAGAGCUGUCCCGAACAUUAAAUUUUACCUACGUUCUAACGGAGCCUCCUGACCAAGCUUUUGGUGGAUUUAUUGACAAAGAGAAAGGAUUAUUUGCCGGUCUUGUCGGUCAACUCCAGCGUGAGGAGGUGGACAUGACAACAGCACCCCUGUCGGAGCAGGCAGACAGGGCCAAAGUUAUAGAUUAUUCCUACCCUUUCUACUACGAGUUCUCCACCAUCGUUAUCAAGAAACCGGAUGUUGACGUAGGCAAAUGGCGGACACUGGUUGAUCCCUUCAAAUGGCAGGUUCUCGUGUCUAUAAUCGUGGCGUUGAUUGCUGUGACCACCAUCACAUUCCUUCUUGAGAAGCACAACCCUUUUUACCUGGAGCCUGGCAAUGCCCUGGAGAGGAUGCAAAGCGGGGGCCUGCAUACCUGGCACGAUGCCUUCUGGUAUAUGUACGGGGCCUUGCUCUGUCAGGGUGGAGUUCACUUGCCAGCUUCUAUCACAGGCCGGACAAUGGUCAGCUCCUGGUGGCUGUUCUGUAUUGUUGUCGUGGGAACCUACUCGGGAAAUCUCAUUGCUUUUUUCACUGUCACCAAGGAAACAGCCCCAUUUAACACGCUAGAGGAACUGGUGGAUUUGAAAGGAACUUACAAAUGGGGCACUUUAGGGAUGUCUGUUUGGGAUCUCAACUUUAUGUCGUCUAAGACUGAACCAUAUAUUUCGAUAGACAAAGGGAUGCGAGAAUUUAGCAAUUCCGACUCAACAAUCUUGCAUUUAGAUCCUACAUUCCAUAUGCGUCGAGUGCUACAAGACGAUAAUUAUGCUUUUAUCACGGACACAACCACCAUAGAGGUUUACAAGUCCCAAGACUGCAGAUAUAUUUCAAUACAAGAGGAAUUUAUGCCGAUGAAGUAUGGGCUGGGGUUUCCGAAAAAAUCCCCACAUACGACAUUCUUUUCUAAACAAUUGCAGAAGAUCACUGAAAGUGGACUAUUCCAAAUUUGGAAGCGAAAGUGGUGGCCAAAAGCAAACUUCUGUGCCAAGAAAUACGUCACCGAAGAAAAGGCUGUUACUUUAGCUGACGUACAAAGCUCAUUUUAUGUUUGUGUGAUAGGUAUUUUCGUUGGAUUGGUUGUGUUUUUCAUAGAGCUGUGUGUGUUUCGUUUCAAUGUAUGCAAAGGAAAGAACAGAGGCCGGUUGGGUAGCAGCGCUGAUUUGCAUGUCAUAGACCGAGGCCACCACAGACAGGAUGGUCUGUUUAAAGAAAAUAAACGAACAUAUUAACUAUCGCUCUGACAGAAAAAAACAAAAAUUGCGUCCGUUUCAAACAAAUACCAUAUCGAAUGACAUAAAUAUAUCUAUAGGAAUUACAAAUGUAUAACCUUACUGGAAGUAA